AUGCAAAAAUUGAAGCUUCGGUUUCCAUGGUACAAAACGGCAAUACAUGCUCUUGUAGGGAGUUUUUUCACUGCAUGGUGGCUUUCGAUAAUAAUCCAGAAAAACCACAGACAACAGUGGUUGAUACCCACAGUCUUUUGGGGCAUGAUUAUGGUUCGCUUGAUAUCGUGGCACACAAAAGUACUAAAAAGAACCCUUGCCAUGGCCCAAAUAAGCUGGAACUUUGUUUGCGAUAUCAUCUACAACCAGUUGCUUCCGAAAAGAUUAUACCGAUUGCUUUCAGGUGGUGCCAUAACCCUCGCGGUGAUCUUGAUUGGUACUUUUGUAUCUCCAGAAACUGCAUACUCCAAAAGAAAAGACAGGGCGAUCUCUUUCUUUGGUCUAGUGGUCGCAAUCUUGGGUUUGUUUGUUACCUCCAGAAACAAGUCUAAAGGCAACUGGAAUGCUGUCAUCGGAGGCGUCUUGAUGCAAUACAUCAUUUCUCUUUUCGUUUUGCGGACCAAGUGUGGCUACGAUAUUUUCAACUUCAUCUCUACGUUGGCCAGAGAGCUAUUAGGUUUUGCCCAAGAAGGUGUUGCUUUCUUGACCAAUUCGGAGGUUUCUCAGUUAAGCAUGUUCUUUUUUACUGUGUUGCCUGGCGUUGCAUUCUUCGUCGCGUUCGUUCAUAUAUUCUACUACUACGGUGUUGUACAGUGGUUUGUGUCGAAGUUUGCGAAAUUCUUCUUCUGGAGUUUGAGGAUCUCUGGUGCCGAGUCCAUCACCGCCUCUGCCUCGCCCUUCCUUGGCAUUGGUGAGUCUGCGAUUUUGAUCAAAGACUUCCUUCCGUAUUUGACUAUCGCUGAAUUGCACCAGGUGAUGACGUCGGGCUUCGCCACAAUUUCUGGUGCUGUGCUAGUGGGUUAUAUUGGCUUGGGCUUGAGUGCACAAGUUUUGGUGUCGUCUUGUGUCAUGUCGAUUCCUGCCUCGAUAGCCGUCUCCAAGCUAAGAUGUCCAGAGACAGAAAUCUCCACAACUAAAGGCGACGUGCGCUUCACUGAAAAUAUCGAUGAAAGCAAGGCCGCAAGAAAUGUCUUGCAGGCUUUUUCGGAGGGUGCAAAUUUGGGACUCAUCACUGCUUCGACCAUGAUGAUUCAGACCAUGUGUAUUAUUGCGCUUGUUGCCUUGGUCAAUGGUAUUUUGACGUGGUUUGGCCAAUUUUGGAACAUCGAGGCUUUGACCUUGGAGUUAAUUUUGAAGUACAUCUUGUACCCAGUCACUUUUCUUUUGGGCGUACCUCGAGACGAGAUCCUCAUGAUCUCGAAUUUGAUUGCCAACAAGUUCAUCCAGAAUGAGUACGUUGCCUAUACUAUGUUGAUCAACGACGCUCCCUACAACGCCAUGUCAACAAGAGGAACUCUUAUUGCCACGUAUGCACUCUGUGGGUUUGCUAAUCUCGGCUCCAUGGGUAUAACCUUGGGUGUGUUGAAUACUUUAAGCCGGGGCAAAAGAUCCGGAGACAUUGCCAAGAACAUUGGAUCAGCUUUAUUCUCGGGUUUGAUUGCUACUUUGAUGUCUGCAGCAGUAUCAGGCAUGGUGGUCAACGAUUCUUCUCUUUAG